GGAGUACAAUAACUUAUCAAGAACGACCUCGCAACCUCAUACAUACAUACAAAAUUCUAAUUUGCCAUUUAGUAAUAAUGCCAUCUACAAUUAAAACUCCACGCACCAUCGCAGCAGAAUACAUAUCUCAACGACACUUUCACAGACGCUUCGUUCUGCCUCGAACAGAGACCCAUGGCGAACUGGCAGUUACAUAUGCAGACGUCGGAGUUCAGCCCGACACGACGACGAGUAAUCAUGUUCCAACCUUUUUGUUUAUACCAGGCAUGUUUGGAUCGCGGUAUCUAGGUGUAUAUAUACAUGCGAUUGCAGAGAAGUUUGGGGUGCGAGUUUUGUGUGUUGAUCGCCCUGGAAUGGGUGGCUCUGCAUCUGUUCCAAGUAAGUCCCGGGUUGAGAUAUGGGUUGAACUGGUACCUCUACUUUUGAAUCAUUUGGGAAUAGACCAUGUCUCUCUCAUAUCGCACAGCGCGGGCACAAUUUACUUGUUGAAUACACUAGUGUCCUGCAGAGAUAUUCUCGAUCCGGACCAUCCUUACAUUGCAUGUCUAGCACCGUGGGUUGACCCUGCGCACUCACACAAGGCAGCCUUACAACUUGCGCGCUUCAUACCCACAAAGGCCUUCUCCUACUGGAAUCAAAUCCCUCGCUUCUUUCAAACCAGUCCCGUCAUCUCAUUCAGCGGGACGGUUAUAAGCAGUAUAAAGGACAAGCUGCCCAGUAACAGUGGUGGCGAUAGCGUCUCAUACCACAAAAGACAACGAUUAAUUGAACAGGAAUACGGCAUGGCGAAAGAUGUGCAGAUCGAAUUAGAGAAGAAUAUCACUCGUUUCCUGUUCAAGGAGAAUACUGUUGGUGCGAAUGAAGAGACGCUGCAAUGUCUCCGGAAGGGGGCUCCAUGGGGCGUGUGCGAUGAUUACGAAGAGUUUGUGAAGAGUUUUGUUGAGAGAGAGAGGGAAAGGAGAAGUGAACUUGGAGAAUCUUCUACGCCAGAGAAAUUAAAAAUACGGGCAUAUUUUGCAGAGAGCGAUGUCAUGAUCGGAAAGACGGGACAGAAAUAUUUCGAGAAUUGCUUUGAGGGAUACGAAGACGUGCUGAGUUUUGAGAGUUCUACAAUGCCGGAUGAAGAUCAUGAUAGUUUGUGUUCUUGUCCAGAGGUUUUAGCGAGGAUUUUUCAGGAGAGAAGCAGUAUCUGAUAUAGUUCGAAGAGGUCAUAUGCGACGACUGUGGUCCAUUCUACCCAUU